AUGCAUUUCAAUGUUAUAGCGGCCCAUUUGGCUGGCUUGCUCGCGAUAGUAUCCGCAAAAGACUCGCGAACCUUCGCCGUGAACCACUUCUAUGGUCAAGGCCCACUCACUGAGGGCCGGAUGGAUCCUAUCAUUAGCCCCGGUACUGCAUCGAGCCACGUCCAUGCUAUCCAAGGAGGAAGCAACUUCAACCUGACCAUGGAGAAUGACGCCCUGCUCGACUCGUCCUGCACCUCUUCUUUGGUUGAGGCAGACAAAAGCAACUACUGGACUCCCUCUCUUUACUUCCAGGACCCAACGAAUGGAAGUUUCAUCUCGGUCCCCAUGUUCUAUAUGAAUGUCUACUACUUCUUUGAACCAACCGAUGAUGAAAUUAAGCCUUUCCCCGUCGGUCUUCGCAUGGUCAGCGGGAACAACAGUUUCCGAACACCACCACCUGGCGGCGCUGCUAAUGUCCUAGAUACAAACGCUGGCACCAUACAACCCGUUCAAUGGACUUGUCCUCGCUCUUCGUACGACACGCCUUCGUACCCCACAACCUCUGAUGGCCUGCACGGUGUCGGUAUUCAAGACCCGAACAACAAAGGUGCUGGAGCCGGCUUCCCGGAUAUGAACUGCGACGGCUAUGCAUCCCCUUUGCGAGCUGAUAUUCAUUUCCCUUCAUGUUACAACCCCAAGGCUGGCCUUGACGCCUACGAGACCAACACGGUGUUCCCAAGUAGUAAGGGAACUACUGGGGGUAAGGCAAAUUGUCCCGAGGGCUGGACUCACCUCCCGCAUAUUUUCUACGAGGUAUACUGGAACACUCCUUUGUUUGCAGAAAUGUGGGAACAGGGGCAGGGGUCGCAGCCGUUCAUUUUGGCCAGCGGGGAUCGUACUGGCUAUUCUCUUCAUGGAGACUUUAUUGCUGGUUGGGAUGUGGAUGUCUUGCAGAAGAUUAUUGAAAACUGCGAUGCUGGUGACUCGGGAAUGGACAAGUGCGCUGACGCUGGCACGAUCAACAAUUCUGCCGACAGCUGUAACAUCGCCAACCUUAUUCCCGAAAAGAUCUCUGGUGUUUUGGAUAAGCUGCCAGGUAACAAUCCUCCAACUGGAUGGGGUCAAGGAGAGACUACAUCACCUGAUGCGUCACAGUCAGCAAGUUCACAGACAACAACCAGCGUGGCUUCUACAUCGAAUGUCGAGACCGAGACUGAGUCCACCACAACAUCCAAAGCCCCUGCGACCGAAACAGGCAUUGCUAGCUGGUCUUAUCUCGGAUGCUAUUCUGACAACACAUCUACCCGAGCACUGACUGGUGUUCAAUUCGCCAACCUGGGAAUUGGAAAGGUCACCUCAACUGGCUGCAUGGAGUACUGCGAUAACGCAGGCUUCAGCUUGGCAGGCACUGAAUACGCUGGACAAUGUUUUUGUGGUAACAAGAUGAAUGGUAACUCUAAGAUUACGGCGGACAAGUGCAAUAUGAAGUGCGAGGGUGAUGCCUCUCAGGUUUGCGGUGGUAGCUCGGCAUUAAGUGUGUACGAGAAGGCCGCGAAGGCUGAAUCGAAGAGAGCGAAUGCACACUUUCGUCGUCAUAUGCAUGGAAAGCAUACUUGA